GGGUAGGUGUGUGGGGGGGUUAUGGGGGUGAGAGGUUUGUAUGUGAGGUCCAGUCCAAGCACCAACACCCAAGAGGGUGUAUCCUGUGGCCUCCCCUGCUCUCUCUGCCCACGUCUCCCCCGGCCCGCCUGUGGCUGUGCUGGACACAGCCCAUAACAAACCCCAUUGCACAAAGCUGCAGGUGCCCCCCAGAGCACGGGCGGCUGCCGGGCGGUUUGGCCCACGUGGGCGCUACCUGCCCUGCUUUGGAAGCUCCUGUGUUGGUGUCUGGCCGUGGUGCACCAGGCAGCUGUGCCAAUGCAGCGCGUGGGACCCUGUAAUGUGCACAUUUACGCUGAGCUCCUGUGUCCCCCAGGCUCCCGUGGCAGAUGGGGUUUGCCGAGAGGACGCCCUGGAGCCUCGUGCAGGCCGGGGCUCAUGUUUAGCACUUCCAACCCCCAGUGCUUCUAAAGGGCUGGAAGACUCCCUGCGCCGCUCCUCUCUGGCAAGGAUCCGGAGUCAGAUAUCCCAGGCUCCCGUGGCAGAUGGGGUUUGCCGAGAGGAUGCCCUGGAGCCUCGCGCAGGCCGGGGCUCACGUUUAGCACUUCCAACCCCCAGUGCUUCUAAAGGGCUGGAAGACUCCCUGCGCCGCUCCUCUCUGGCAAGGAUCCGGAGUCAGAUAUCCCAGGCUCCCGUGGCAGAUGGGGUUUGCCAAGAGGACGCCCUGGAGCCUCGCGCAGGCCGGGGCUCACGUUCAGCACUUCCAACCCCCAGUGCUUCUAAAGGGCUGGAAGACUCCCUGCGCCGCUCCUCGCUGGCAAGGAUCCGGAGUCAGAUAUCCCAGGCUCGCCAGGAGGCCAUGGCAGCCAGUGAGAGCCACCACAGCCAGUUGCCUUCACUGCAGAUCACCAGAGUCAACGGCCAUGGCCCCUCCAUGUCUCAGGUCAGCAGUCAGACGUCCAAGAGCUCGUCCCAUCUCCACAUCCGCAGGCUGUCAUCCGGCUUCCUGCCCAAUUCGGUGUUGGUGCAGCAGUUCCGGAGCCAGGGUGACAUCGAGUCUGCGAGGGAAUCACUGCUGGCCACGUGGCUGGAAGUGCAGCAGGGUCAGGCCGGGAGGGCAGGCCCCGAGUGCGGCGAGGAGCUGCAUGGCGCUGAGGAGGAAGAGGACGAGGCGGCCAGGACAGCGGCAAUUCUAGAGAAGAUAUCCAGCCUUUCCCUGCCUGGCCCCAAGUGGAAGGAGGAGUCUCUGACAAGCGGUCCUGAAAGCGCAGGAGCCUCUAGGCCACAGAGAGUGACGAGUUUUUUCCUGACGCAGCCAUAUGAGUUUGAGCAGCCUCAGGCCUCUCCCUCAGGAGGCGAGAUCCCAUCCUUCGUCCUCCAGUUCGAGGACACAGAAUGGUUCAGGCAGAUCUACCCCGUCCUCAGCUCAAUGGAUUCCCUGCAGGGACUGAGCAUGAGCAGAUUUGUGCGCCAGCUCCUGGAGGCGCUGCUCACCGUGGAUGACGGUGCAAAGGCGGACAUAGUCCAAGCCAUCCUAACGCUGCAUGAGCAGGUCGGGGUGGAGAACAGCCGUGAGGUCUGCAAGGCCCUGCUCCUCAUCCUGAACCAGAGUGACCCGCCUAAACUGGAGGAAAAGACUCAGAAAAAGUUUGUCCUGACCUCCCUGAAUGCCCUCAUGGCCUUCUGCAGAGACAGCAAGGAGCUGCUGCUGGAGCUUAUGGCAUACUUCUUGUACAGUCCCGUCUCCAGCAGGGGGUCCAUUAAAGCGCUUUUCAUAGAGCUGGGCCUGGAGGAUCCGCACAACUAUUUCUACCAGGAGAUGGACUCUUGGGACCAUUCCAGGGAGAAGCCUGUCACCAAGGCAGCGCUGAGGAGAAUCUGCGCACAGUGGCUUGAAGGAGUGAUGCAGGAUUUCCAGGAUCACAGGAGCAGCACGUUGGAGCUGUUCCAGGCACGGGCGGGGAAAAGGCACUUCCCUGGCAGCAGCCCAAAGGCUAAGAAAGCUGCAGAGAGGAGCAAGGUUUUUCCAUCUGCUGGCAGCCCAGAGCCGCCAGUGGGGCCAAUAAACGCAAUAAACCAUUUCUGUAAAGUGCAAAUGAAGAGGGAUUUGGAGGAUCUGAAACAGCCAAAAUCUGCUGGAGCUCAGGAAACCAAGAACACAGUGAUGGCCUUGCCUUCCAUUGGGAGGAGCCAGGCCAUCUUGCGGCUCGGAGAGACCAACACUAUGGCGCGAAGGAGACCACCCCAACGUUUCUACCUUCCGCGCAUUUUUCCACUCCCUUUGUUGACGGGAUUUGUACAUGCUAUUAAAUUGCCAAUGCCAAGAAUCAACGUGAACCCAUUUCCACCUGAUUCUGACAUGCCAGCUUCACAAAAUACAUUCAUCUCCAUGCAUCAGAAAGUCCAGAAAUAUUUCAUCCCAAAGUUCUCACUUGCAGAUAGCUAUCCCUGAAGACAUGGCUAGCCAAGAUGGCUUUGCAUCAACCGGACUCCUAGACUUGAUAAUUAGCAGAGGCCACUGAAUACAGAAUAGUAACGGGCUCUUCUAGGUCUGACUAUAAGGAACCUAAAUAAACUAUAGUCUAUAUAUAUGGUAAAGAUGGGAGGUCCAGCUGAGUUAUACACCGUCUGGGUGGAGCAAGCCCCGCAAAACAAAACGCACCGGGGAAAUAAUA